GCAUUGGUAUUCACCCGGAAGUAAAACAGUCCAUGUCAAGAAAUACUUCCGGAAAUGGCCGCUGCGAUGCAUGUUGUAAAUAGUUUAUUUUGUUGACAGAACGGCGAAGCGCGUUCUGUCGUUCUGCGAAGCGCGUAUCGCCUCUAUCGGAUUGUUUAAAUAUCAUCUACUGAUCAUCUACGAAUCGUUUUCGAGAAUAUAGUGUAACUCCCGGUCGAGAAAGAGAAGAAAACAACCAAGAAUGUCGAACUGUGUGUCGCUGCAAACAAGGCUCGCGUCCGUGAUGGAGAGCCUGGUGCGCGCGGCGGUGGCGGCGCUCUGCGGGCUGGCGGAGAGCCGCUCCUGGUCCGCCUCCCCUUGCCACAGGACCCGGGGGGGCCCGGAGGACCCCGACCCCACAGACAAACUCCAGGCAGAGAAUCACGUCCAAAUGUCUAAUUUCGCGGCUAUUAUGGAAACUCUGGGCAACGAGGCGAUGGGUAAGAUUAUGAAGAUAGUAGAGGACACCAAAUUCUUGAUGGAGUUUGAGCAGAGGUCUUUUAAGACAUCCCGAGGCAGGAAGCGGCCCCAGAUGAGUGUUCUGAACAUCCUGUCAGACGGAGGAGUCGAGGCAGAGCAUUCCUAUGGAGGAACUGCAAAGACUGCAGAGAAAGACCAAUGCAUCCAGUCGGUGCACUUCAUUGAGGACACAAACCAACCCGAGACCCCGUUUGUCCUUGCCAUAAGCAUCAAAGAUGAACACGGCGCCAUGGACCUAGGCGCCAUCGUUGAGCGAGCUGCAGCCGAGGCCUUUGUCCCCACGGCACCCCCUGUCUCCCCGACCAUGGACCUCACGCUGCCAGUGUCUGAGCAGGAGCAGGCGGAGAAGGAGUCGGAUGAGUCGCAUCAGACAGACCCCCUGGGCUCCAGGCCCACCUCCUCCUCCUCCACCUCGGGCAGGAAGAGCUUCGUCUGUACAGAGUGCGGCAAGAACUUCUCCACGCAGAGCAACCUCAAGGCCCACUCCCGCAUCCACACAGGGGAGAGGCCCUUCACCUGCGUCAUCUGCGCCAAGGGCUUCGCGCACAAGCAGAGCCUCCAGGACCACAUCCGCACACACACCGGCGAAAAGCCCUUCGAGUGCCCGCAGUGCGGCAAGUGCUUCGGCAAGCAGGCACACCUCAAGACCCACUCCAUCAUCCACACGGGCCAGAGACCGUACAGCUGCCCCCUGUGCGGCCGCAGCUUCAAUCUGGCGCAGAACCUGACGCGCCACGCGCAGAUCCACACGGGCCAGAAGAUAUUCACCUGCUCGCUGUGCGGCAAGGGCUUCACGCGCUCGGUCACGCUCAAGAACCACCAGCUCAUCCACACGGGACAGAAGCCAUUUAAGUGCGCACAGUGCGCCAAGAGCUUCCGGCACGCCGUCAACCUCAAGAACCACCAGCGUAUCCACACGGGACUGCGUCCGUUCGGCUGCGACCUGUGUGGCAAGACCUUCCGCCAGUCUGUGAACCUGAAGAUCCACCAGCGCAUACACACGGGCGAGCGGCCCUUUGAGUGCAAGGAGUGUGGCAAGAGUUUCAGCCAGCAGAGCAGCCUGAUCUCCCAUGGGCGCACGCACUCCGAGGAGCGGCCCUUCCCCUGCCACCUCUGCGAGAAGCGCUUCAACAACGCAAACAGCCUCAAGCUGCAUAUGCGCGUGCACACGGGAGAGAAGCCGUAUAGCUGCGACAUCUGCGGCAAGACCUUCAGCCAGGGCAGCCACCUUCGCACUCACAAGCGCCACGUCCACGCCGGCGGGAAGCAGUACAUCUGCGACAAAUGCGGAAAAAGGUACUCUGACCAGCGCAACCUCAAGCUGCACAAGUGCGUGUACGCUUAGAAGUACAAGUGGACUUGAUAAGCAGUGCGUGUACGCCUAGAAGUACAAGUGUGCGUGUACGCCUAGAAGUACAAAUGGCCUUGAUGAGCGAGAAUGUCGGAAUAGCAAAACAUUUUUAAGCAGAAUCCUUAUUCUUUAUUUUGUGGGGGGGGGGGGGUAUAUUUACAAUGAUUGAAAUGAAAAUAUUUUCGUAAUAUAUGUUUUUACUGCAUUCUUGCACAGCACACUUAUUUAUUUGAAUGUAGCUAUACAUGAUACAUAAUGUAGUACAUGAUUGAAAGAGGCUUUGAGAGAAAUUGUAUUGUGUGGGGUUUGGACUGAAAGUACAUAUGUGAAAAAAGACUUGAAAUUGGGCUUUACUACAUGCUGAAGCACACUAGUAUUUUGCUCUGAGUAAACAUUGCAUUUAUAAAUCGCCUAUGUUUAACCAGUACAAGUCUUUAUUCAGAAUGCAGAUCUUAGUAGGGCUCUAAUUAGGGUUGGCCUGAAUGCAUCAUUUCUAGGAUCGUUUUCUAAAGUGGUUGGUAAUGUUUUUAUCACGCAAAACAACAAUAUCAAAGUCGGUGGCUUUCGGACACACUCAUCAGUCUUCCUCACAAUGGAAGAAAACUGUCAAAGUGCUACCGGGAUAUUCAAAUUAUGUUUGAAUAUCCAAAACUAAGGAAUGAUGAUUAAUCUCAUGUUUGGCUGAUGAUGGCUGCCGACCCCUCCACUGAACCGCCCUCUAUAUUUUAUAACUGGGAUAUUUGGACAACGUGUUAUCUAGCCUUCUGCCUGUAGUUCUCCAAAUAUGCAUGGUUGUUAAAAAAACCUUAACAUUUUGCAUUCAUUAUUUUUCCUAAAAACAAAAAUAAUUUCCUAAUACUGAUUAGAAUAUCUGCCUUACGAACGAAUAUUCGCACCCAUCCCAACAUCUAUACACCUUGUGUUGUAUUUCAGGGAAGGGAAUCACCAAUGAAUGAAUCGUUGUUUCGUCGUUCAGGUCGAGGACAAAACUCACCCAUGGCUAUUCAAUUACCAAUUAAAAUAUUCUGAAGCAAACCAA